CGCCUCGCGAGCUGACGGCGGUGAAGGAGAUUGAGAUAUAACAACAUACUGCCUCCUGAAUCAGCGGACUCAACUCCAGUUUGCAACAAAGUUAUAGCAUCAAGGUGCCGUCCUGUUCGAGGAACGAGAUCCACAACUUCUGUCCUUUGCGCAAGAACACGUUACGAACCAUGGCAACCAAUAUUCACUACCACCCUACGCCCCUGACACCUUCCAUCCGGGCAGGGCUACUCAAGCAAACCGGCCUGACGAUCUGGCUCACCGGCCUCUCCGCUUCUGGAAAGUCCACUAUCGCCGUUGCCCUCGAACAAGCUCUCAUCCGCAAACCCUACACCAAGAACGCCUAUCGGCUGGAUGGUGACAACAUCCGCUUCGGCCUCAACAAGGACCUGGGCUUCUCCCCGAAAGACCGCGAGGAGAACAUCCGCCGCAUCGCCGAAGUCGCCAAACUUUUCGCCGACUCGUGCACCGUCGCCAUCACCAGCUUCAUCUCUCCCUACCGCGCGGACCGCGACCUCGCCCGCAAGCUCCACGAGGCCGAGCGUCCCGGCGGCGAGCCGGGCGUGCCCUUUGUCGAAGUCUGGAUCGAUGUCCCCGUUGAGGUGGCCGAACAGCGUGACCCCAAGGGCCUGUACAAGAAGGCGCGCGAGGGCAAGAUCCCCGAGUUCACCGGCGUCACGGCCCCGUACGAAGAGCCCUUGAAACCCGAGGUGCACAUUCGAAGCGACAAGACCUCGGUCGAGGACAGCGUCAAGAUCAUCAUCAAGUACCUUGAGGACAAGGGGUAUUUGAGCACCCCGCCAGCCGUUGACGACGAGGAAUAGGCUGAACUAUUCGGUGGACUACUACCUCUCCUUUCCUUUGUAUGGAGGCAGUGGGUCAGAAUCCAGCAGCUCGGGUCUAUAGCUAGAAACGAAAUGGGAAAACAAGACGACAGGGAUGGGUGCUAGGGUGGGAAGUGGGCUGGUUUGACGAUACAGGAGGAUUUGGGAUCAAGGGCCUUGAAGAUUGGACGGUAGGGAUGAAGAAUCCCUUUCCCUUUCGUUCCUACAUUUGUCUUCCUUUCACAGACAGACAUAGAGUCAAAACUUUCGCGCAUCUUUGGCAGACGGCUGGCUUAUCGUGUAGAUUUCCACUUAUGAGCCGCUGCCACGCUCUACCUUGCCCUGCUUUACUUGUCCGGCUAGCUGGCUGGCUGGCUGGGCGACCGACCUUUUGCGCCUCUUCCAAAAAUUC